AUGGACGAGUGUGUAGCUGCUAAAGAUUUGCUGGAAAGACUAGCAAGGCAGGGGCUAUUAGAGAAGUAUAUAAGCUCUAGGAGUCAGAAGGACGCAGAUACAAGUAAACCGAAGUAUAAUUCGGAACGCAGAGACAAAGGAUCGUGGCGAGACCCAGUCGAAACCCCAACCACCAAAGGAGUCAUAAACUACAUCUCAGGAGGUUUUGCAGGGGGAGGAAUGACGAACACAGCAAGGAAGCGAAGUUACAGAGCCAUGAUGACAAUGGAAGGAACUCAACAAAACUCCCCAACACCAACCUCCUCAACCGCCAUCAACUUCGGUGCUGGUGAUUUCAAAACAAGAGCACCAAACCUAGAUGACCCAGUCAUAAUUUCAGUGAGCAUGGGACCCUUGACUGUGAAAAAGGUGCUGCUCGACCCAGGAAGCAGCGCCGAUGUCCUUUUUUAUUCCACAUUCAAAAAGAUGCAACUGAGCGAUAUUUCACUACAACCGUCGGGGGGGAGCUGGCAGGCUUUUCGGGCGAAAGAGUCCCUAUAUCCGGCUACAUCUGGAUGA